AUGUUUCGAUUAGCACAAUACGCGGUUAGAGUAUCGCAUCAAGCGAUUAAAAGACCAUUUAUAUGCUCAAAUGUUCGAACAUAUCUAUCUGAUACUUAUCAAGCAUUUGAUAAAUGGGAUGAAGCAUUAUCAACUGAAAUUCUUCAAAAAACAAAUAUUAGUGAACUUUUAAUUGAUGUCGAAGAUAAAUUAAUUCGAAAGAAAUAUGUUAGUUCACUUGAUAUUGAAAUACUUGCAGCAAAAUUAACUCAUGUUGAAACAACCGAAGAUCUUAAAUUAGCAGAAACAAUUUUAGAAAAAUUUCGUCAUACACCAGAAGCACUUGACUUUCAACCAUCAUUAGCCUAUUCACUUAUUCGAAAUUAUCUUGAUCUUGGUCAAAAAGAACGUUUAUUACCUAUUUUAAAUGAUAAGGUAAAAUAUGGUAUUUUUCUUGAUCGAUUUUCCGCUAAUCUUUUGUUGAAUGCAUUUUUACUUGAAAAAAAAUAUAAAGAAGCUGCACAAGUUUGUAUUGAUCUUAUGUUGCAAGAUCAAGAUGAUGAUCAAUUAACACGAGCACUUGGUUUAAAUGCCUGUUAUAAUUAUUAUUUAAUCGCAACUGAAGAAGAUUUUAAAAAUACAAUUGUUGAAGAAGAUGAUGAAGAUAUUGUUAAAGUUAAAGUACAAUUUGUUCGUAAUCUUACAAAUGAUGAUCAUUAUGAUUUAAUGGAUAAACGUAAAUUACUUGGUAAAACAAUUGCAUAUUUAACGCGAGAUGCAAAUAAUAGUAGUCUAUAUUCUUUACACAUUUUGGGAAAUAUUCUCUAUAAAAAAUUUGGUCGGGUUUGCGAUAUACUUCAAACAAUAUUAGAUAAUGAUCAAUUACAAGUGGAUGAAGGAAUUAUAAAAAUUCUGGAAAAAGAACUUGAUGCAUAUGUUUAUAAUCCUGAAGAAUCAAAAGAAAAUUUACCACAAAGUGCAUAUCGACGUUUAGAAUUGAUUCCUGAAGCUGCUCGUGAUAUAAUCAAAGAAAAACUUUUACCACAACUUCGUGAACGUAAUAAAAUUGUUCCAUUAGAUCUUAAACAAUUUGUUGAAACAAAUCUUAUUGAUCAAGCUAAACUUGCUGAUAAACGUGAUACAUCAAAACAUGAACAACAAAUAAAUAUUUGGUCACGUGAACGUCAAGAACAAUUUGAUGAUCAAAUUCAUCGUUUUGUUAUUGAACAAAAGAAAACAAAUUUAAUGGAACGUCUUCGUUUAUUAGAAGAACGUGAUGAAUUAUUGAACUUUUUUGAAAAUGAAUCACGUAUUAUUAUGCAUUCACAAGAUAAAGAAUUUGCUAAUGAAAAUUUUGAAAAUAUUCCGACAACAGGUGAAAAUGAAUAUUUUGAAUUAGCUCGUCAACAUUAUCAUUGGGAUCGAAUGGAACCACGUCGAUCAUUACAUCUUGAUAAGAAAUUACGUGAUGAAGAAAUGAGUGAUAUACGUCAUUGGCCAUCAUAUAAAUAUCUUGCUGAAAAUUGGAAAUAUGAUCUUGUUGAUUAUGUUCCAUUGAAUGAAAAAAUGAAACGUCGGAAAGAAGAUUUACCUCCAAGUGGCAAACCUCCUUAUUAUAAACAACACUUUUUCUAA